CUGUUAAAUAAAAAUAGUCAAAACUUAAGUCAAACAAAAAGCGGUUCAGCUGCCAAGGUGACUCAAUAAUCUGACAACUUUCGGUAUAUUUUUCCAAGUUUCUAAUUUUUCCGAAAAUUCUAUGCUCUCUGUGAUAUAAUUCGAUUAAAUACAGGUGCCAAACAAACAACAGAUGUCCAAAAUAUACAAGAAACCCCCCUAUUGCAAGGGCAACGAUGACCACCAGAAGUAUCUCUCUAGAAUAAGAAAAACUUUGUAUUAUGGAAGAUUGCCAAAGAAUGACGUCUUGAGUUUACCUGUAACAGAACUGGCCGUGGAAAUCUUUUCUGAAGCUCAAAAGGGGAAGUCUCUGGAUCGUUUACAUUGCAAUACAGCAGCUCAAAUAUCUAGAAAUGCCUGUGUAUCUCCUUGUUCUUUUAUUUUGGCAAUGAUAUAUUUGGAACGAUUGAAAACAUGCAAUGUGGAGUAUUUGGAAAGGACAUCUCCUUCUGAUCUAUUUUUAAUUUCUUUGAUGGUUUCUUCUAAAUACCUUUUUGAUGAUGGGGAAUCAGAUGAAGUUUUUAUGGAUGAAUGGGCGGCAUCUGCUGGAAUGACUUGCAAAGAGUUGAUUCGCCUUGAAAAAGAUUUUCUGAAUGCUAUAGACUGGAAAAUAUUUGUCAAUCAACUAUCAUUUUGGAAGAAAUUACACGAAAUUGAAACAAAAUUAGCCAAGAAAGAGGGAACAAAUAGAGGACAUUUUACAUAUACUGAAAUUCAAACAUUAUCAUCUACAAUAGAGGUUCAGAAUAUUGUACAAUGUUUAGUGUGUAUAUCUAUGAUAUUAGCAGCUACAUACACCGCAGGACUGCUAACUUUAGUGGGCUCUGUAUAUUUGGCAAGUCAAAUUCCUGGUUCUAGUUUGUAUCGAAAGCCAAUCGAAGACACUACUCUGGUUCCUGUUACAUAUCACAAAUAUGAUAAAGAAAUAUUGACUGAAAAGUAUUGUAAUGACACAAAUAUAGAAUCACAAAAAUCUAACGGGUGGCAAUCAAGUGUAAUCAAGGUUUUUAAAGCCAGUAUAUUACUAGCUUCUAUAAAAACUUCUAAUUGUAACAGCACGGAGUCUACAGAAGAAGUAAGAGAAAAUACUAAGAUAACUGACACCUGUCAACAAGUCACUUGGGAUUGGUGGAAUAUACCGAUUAUGACAUGGCUGUCAAGAAGCUCUGAGUACAUUAAUGCCCUUGAACUACCAACCCUGAAGAAUUAUUUAUACUACUUGGAAAAUAAGGCUGUUAAUAGCAAGUAUAUUUAUUUGGAGGAUCAUAUUCAUAAGGCAACAAAAACCAGAAUUCAGGAUCAAAUUGAAUGUUCUUGGCAUGCUGAAUGGACAGAUAGUAUAAAAAAGUAUAAUUAUUACUAUCUUUUGCCUUACCUUCAGAAUAUUAAGUCAUAAAAUACAAUUGUGAAGUAUUUGUAACUUAUGUUAUUCACAAUAAAGCUUUACGAUAUAA